AAUGCUUUCCAACCAUACCAAAUAGCAUUACAUUUAGGUUAGUAAUUAUCGUGCAAAUCAAAAAAAGUGGGGAACAGUACUACUUAACGGAUAAUAAUCUGUUCCCCCACUCGCCGAAAAAAGUGUUACCGGGUAAUAAUAAACCACUCCAGGCGCCGUUGAUGGAUGGUGACCAAUGUAGUGUCAUUACCAUCCAUUCGGAUAACUCAACAGUCAAAACUCCUGCCAACCUGUGGGAGAAUUUUGAUGUGGAGUUAGUAAUGGCGCAAUUAGACGGAGGUGACGCUGCGGACCAUUUAUACUCCAGCGAACGAGUUGUCCCAACGCCACAUCUAUCCGAACGGCAGAAGUCUCCCACUCCACCAGCAGAAUUUCGCGCUCCUCUUCCACCUCUAGGCAGGUCGGAAAGUCCGAAGACGAACCGGUCGAUCCCAGGGUGUGUGCGAAGAGACGGCGUAAAUGCGGCGGAAAAAAUCUCGAAACCUUGCUGCAAAACACUCAAAGGCUGGAGGAUGGGUACACACCCGAGAUGCCGCCCACUUCGGCUGUAUCAAAUGCUGCAGCGCGGGAGAUUGCGUCUUAGGCACAUCAACUCCUGCAGAAAAUUUUUGAGAGGUAUGCCGACCAAUUAAAACAGACGCAGGCAAGAAACAUCGCAGUUGGAACGGCAAGUGGAGGAAUCUCAGAUGGAAGAAUGCAAAAUCGAAGGGGACGUGCGUUAUAUUUUGAAGUUUUGUACAUUUUUGUGCUAGAAAAUAUACUA